AUGUCCUCUUCUAGCCAGAUAUUGGAUAAGGUGACUAUGAUUUCACCAGCAUCGCCAGGAGCAGCAUCGCCGAAGGAUGAAGACUUCAAACCUCAGCAGAUUGUUCGUUCUUCCGAGAAUAGCAAGCCUGCUGCUGUGAAUCAACAGUCUCCGAUGAAAAAAUCGGAUACGCGCACCCUGCGCUUUGCCCAACAACAGCGCAUCAAGCCUAUUUCGAAUUCAUUCUUGGCAUCAGAUAAGAUACGUUCCGCUUUAUGGUAUCCAGUACAAGAACUCGAGGAACGAGAGAGACAGUGGAAAAAUGAGACUCCCAACAACGAGAUAUUGAAGUGGGAAGAAGGGUUAUUCUUUUUGCAAAUGUUAGAUCGCUCUCAUAUGGAAGCACCGCAGGACGAUUGGUCACCGAAACAAGAAGAACGUGUACAACGUGCCAUCAAUGCCGUCCUUUCUGAACAAGGGAGACAGAACCAGCAGUUGCAACUUCAGCAGUUGCAACUUCAGCAACCACAUCAACAAAAGCCCGAUCCAACUCCUACUGAAAUUGGGAUAUCAGCGGAAGAAAAGGAUAGAUUGGGCAAAAGGGAUCAAACUCCCUUGUUUAUGAUUGCGAUCCAGUACAGUUGGCACACUGGAACGGCGGCAGGAGCUGCCAAACAUCGAGCAAUUCAAUUGGCAAUGGAAAUUCAGAGAUUGUGGCAGGAUGAAGACACAACGGCCACAAGGAAGGAAGAAGAUGGGCAAGAUAAGGUCUCCAUUCAAGACGAGGAGGAGAAAAAGGAAGAAAAAGAAGUAGGCAAGGUGCAGCAAAUGGAAGAUGAACCCGACAGUAUUGAGAAAGAAGACACUUUCGAGGAAGAAUCUUCCGUGGAUUUAGGAAACCUUCCUGAAAAAAACGAAUCUGUAUCAGGAAGAUCUCUAGCGGACGGAUCGGAUGAAGCUCCAAAACCUGUACGACCUCGAGGAAUUUUCAGAGGAAAUUCUGAUCACUCAGCACUGUCCGAUAUUGGUGGUCUACAGAAAAAGGGAAGCAGCCGCAGUGUGUUUAGCAAUUCUUAUUCUGAUCCCUUGCUAGACCCCGAAGACUAUCUUGGUGAUUGGGUACACUUGGCGCUACCUACCAAAUUUGCUGGCAAGGAGCAUCCUCAAAUUUCGGCCACUCUGAAGAAACAACGAAGUCGGGCUCGUUUGUCCGCAAGGAGCUUGGCCCUCAAGGAAGAUAUUCAAGUGAGUGGUACCAAAAUGAGGAAAAACAAUGUACUCAAAAGUAUUCACGACCGGGGGGCCAUGGCGUUGGACAAAGGGGGACGAAAGGAGGCAUUUCAAGAUUGUGUGAAAAAACUGAUUACCCUGAACCGAUUCUUUCAAUCAGUCGAGGGUGUAUCCAAAGAUAGGGCUUUGGAUACAGAUAAGAAGAAGUUUUUGGAAGCUAUUGCAGCCAAGAAAUCAAACAUAUUUCACAGCAUGGAAAUUCCAGAUAAUAUUCACGAACCAGCAGAAGAAACGAAGCUAGCAAAUAAGGGAGCUCCCAUCCAAGUCCAUAGCAUCUUGCUAUCACCCGCCAUCAAGGCAUUGCGACCAAAACACAAGGUUGUAUGGGGGGAGAAAUUGCAUCGGGUCAAAUUCUUUCCAGAAUUUCCACUUCAAUUCGAAAAGGAAGAAUACUUUUACACCUCCGAAGACAUUAGCCGAUUCCGUUUUGAGAAGUUCAUGGAGGAUAACAAUGACGAAUACGAAGAACAAGUUAUGGGUUCUAAUGAAGAGAAGGAGUUAGAAGCCUUGAAUGAGGAGGGCGAUGGCGAUGAAUCUUCGUACGAGUACGAGUCUUACGAAGAGCUUUCGUAUCACUCGGACUCUGAUGAAUCGUACUAUGAGGAGGAAUUAGCCGAGCCAGUUCGAGACCUGGCAAAUCUGUCCGAGACCCAAUCCGUGUCUAGUGAGGGUAGAAGAUUGAGUCUAUAA